AUGGUGAUGGAGACGGACGAGAUUGUCGGAAAAAUUCUUGAUAAAUUAGAAGAACAUGAUAUUGUGAACGAUACUCUCGUGAUUUUCAUGUGCGACAAUGGACCAACUGUAACUGGGAAGAAAAUUCUUAGCAACUGGGGGCAUAGUCAAUGGCGACUUGAUUUGCCGGAAUCUACUGGUGGACCGGCAAGAACUGUUGAACUCAAGGGUUACAAAAAUACAAUGGGAGAGGCAAGUCAUAGGACUCCAUUUUUAUGGCGCUAUCCGAAGAAAUUCGAGCCCAGAACCAUCUACGAGCCAAAGGUUCAAGUUUCCACAGUCGACAUCUACGCCACCCUUGCCGACUUAAUCGACUACGACUUGGGCUGCAACGAAGCACCAGACAGCAGAAGCCUCUUAUCAUACCUAGAAACAGGCGAAGCCAGCUACGAAGUGAAAAAGAAACCGAUUCUGACACAUGCUUACACUCCCGGAGUCGAAUCAGAUCUGAAAAAUGCCGCCAUUCGAAAAGAAAACAUGAAAUACAUUCCUGGAUCAGAGGAACUGUACAAUAUCGAAUUCGAUCCAGAGGAGAACCACAAUGUUUUCCACAAAUCAUGGAACCCCGAAAACAACGAAGACAGAAUUAAGUUCAUCGCGUAUUUGGACGACUACAUGAAAGACUGGCUGAACCACAUUGAUGCGCGAGAAGAGGCGACCAAGAGAGGCCGAGAUCAAGAGAACUGCUAUCCGCAAUUCGAACGAUUCAACUGGUUGUAA